AUGGGCGCAGCUGACCAGUCUCAUUCAUACGGCUGCACAGGAAACCCGGAACCCGUUUCUGAUAGCCCCGACACGGCCCAAGCUUCGACCUCGUCCCCCUCACCGCCGAACCUCUCACUCGAUAUUGCGGCCGUGAACGCGAGGGCACCCAAACCCGGCAUGACCGUACCAGAUGCAAAGACACGGGAAGAGACGCAGGCCAAAGGGGCUGAAACCUUUGGGGUCAGUCGUUCACUUGGGCACCGAUGCAGCGCGCCGCGAUCUGUGACCGUGUGUGGGGGUCAGGUGACGCCCGACCGGACCUAGCGUCUGACACACGGGAUCCUCUUGUUUGGUACAGGCCCUAAACCAACACCCCGAACCGCGAGCCCAAGAAACGGACUUCAAGGUCGGGGUCAGCGUCGACCGAAAUAAGAAGUGCCGUCGGAGUAUGGAAGAGUGAGCCUGCCGACUCUCGGCCCGUUCAAGUCUCAGGAGACCGACUGACCUUGAACGUCCGAUCUGUCCCCAACAGCGCGCACUCCUUCAUCUACGAUUUUGCGGGGAUCCGAGGUCAGGGCUACUUUGCCGUGUUUGAUGGACAUGCGGGCAAACAUGCCGCAGAGUGGUGCGGCGAGCACUUUCACGAGGUGAGACUUGCGGCUCUGAUGUCUUCAAUGAACGGUGCGAGAGCUGAUGGAAGCUUGCCCACUAGCACCUGCUCGAGUCUUUGAGAACAGCUCCAGCAACACCAGUCCCAGAUCUUCUCAACACAACGUUCCACCGCGUCGACACCAAACUGAGCCAGCUCGCCGCGGCCGACGGAACACACUCGGGCUGCACGGCCGUGGUCGCGUUCCUACGACUUGAAGACGAAGAUGGAAACGCCGUCGGAGAGGCCGCAGGCGUGGGACAGGCGAUCGAGGUCAAGCAGGGAAAGCUCGUCGACGACGCCGAUGGAGCCUUGAGAGCGGCACAGCAGGGGGAAGAGAAGAACAACAGCAACGAACUUGAGCGCAUGUCGACUGCCGCCGCUGACCGCCCAAGUGGCGGGCGACGUGAAGAUAUCAAGAACAAGAUAAAGGCCGUGCUAAACGGCAAGUCGGGCGACGCCGCCGAAAUGUACUCACCCGGGCCGGCAUCGUCUGGAAUCGAAACUCCUCACGUCGAGAUCAAAGGACCGGCCGAUGUCAAGAAGGCCGCCAAGCGCACGCUGUAUACGGCUAAUGUUGGAGAUGCCCGAGCUGUCUUGUCGUAAGUAUGAUCUUCCAGGGUGGUAAUCAAGAGAGCGAGAAGCUCACCCACGACUACUACCUCGUUUCUUCCCGGACAGCCGCAAGGGCAAGGCAGUUCGGUUGACUUACGACCACAAAGGGUCGGAUGCCAAAGAGGCGAAACGAAUUACGGACGCUGGAGGGUUUGUGAUGAAUAACCGAGUCAAUGGUGAGUCCCAAUAACACCACCGCCAUUUCUCAGCUACUCAAGCUAAUCACGAUGUGCACUACAUCACUCAUCGCCAGGCGUACUGGCCGUCACUCGAUCGCUCGGCGAUUCAUCAAUGAAAGAGUUCGUCGUAGGCUCGCCUUACACGACCGAGACAACGUUGGGCCCCGACGACGACUUUUUGAUCGUGGCGUGUGAUGGGGUCAGUUCUGCGAAGAGCGUACGCGAGUCGGGGCGAACGCUGACUUGCCAAAUCGCCAUCGCAUUGUUGCAGUUGUGGGAUGUCUGCCAAGAUCAAGAAGCAGUCGAUACCAUUCGAGGGCUCUCGGAUCCGCAAGAGGCCUCCAAGGCUUUGCUCGAUUACGCACUUCAGUAAGCGCUUGUACUAUUUUCUUGUCGAAUAAAGCCGUUCAACUUAUCCGUCCAAUUUUGAUUUUCAGAAACUUUUCCUCCGAUAACCUGAGUGUGCUCGUCGUAGCGUUGUCCGGACCUCACUCAUCGUCAUCUUGA